CAUGAGCCUUGGCGAGAGUAACAUCAUCCAUCAUGGGAUCAGUUCCCCUCAGCUUAGCGCGGCCAACUUCCGCCAUUAUUCACUAGCAAAUUUCCUCACGCGCCAGCAUAAUCCAAAGCCAAAAGCCAUCGGAUUUCCCACCGCCUCGCCUGGCUUACCUUUGUCACCUUCUUCCUGCCCGUGUUCUCAUUCUUGGUUAACCGUGCCCAGCGCAUCAUAGGUCAACCUUGUCAUUAGCCUUUCGGUGUCAUCGACUCUGCCUACGCGAUACGAUCAAGAACGACGUCAUGAAGUUCUCGCAUGCCAUAGCAGGCUUUGCUGCCACAGCCCAGGCUUUCACACCGGCGUCCAACAUCUUUGGAGACAACGGUAACGCCGAUGCAAAUGCUCCUCAUAAGAUCCCAACGGUCCACGAGUCCGUUGUCAUGGCGCGCCGCAUCCUUGCUCUUACCAAGCUUGCGACACUCUCGACCGUCUUCCCUUCCGGACGAUCUAAUAUAGAACUCGAGUCCGACAGUAAUGGACUUGAGGGCGUUCCUAUCGGAAUGAUGGAUUAUGUGGCGGACUGUGAGGAUGAAGGUAACCCUACCAUUCUCGAGAUCAAGAUCGCAACCACGUUUAGAAACGUUCGGGCUGGAUCAAAUCUUACCCUCUCCAUGAACUGGGUCCCUCCCUACCCGCCCGCUAAGCGUAUCUCCCUUCUAUCACGACUCUCAGCAUAUAUCCCCUUUCUCUCCAGUCACGGUUACAACAGCCGUUUGGAGGAGUCGCUCUCCGUGCCGGACACUGUCCCUUACUCUGCGGCCAACUUGCCACGUUUUGCCCUCUUUGGGUAUCUUGAGCCCAUUGAGACCACACCGGUAUCAGCACUGAAACUUGCGGCAUGCUUCACACGCAAGCACCAGGAUGCCAAGUACUGGCUGCCUGGCAAUGUGAUCCACGAGAGCGCUUGGGCGCGUCUGGUCGUAACUAAGAUCUACUGGGUUGGCGGCUUUGGCGACCGCGCCCGAAUCGGCUGGCUGCCCGUUGAUGAGUGGAAGAGCGUUACCAGAGAUGAAUGGGAGAGCAUCAAGCUUCCCGGCGAGGAGAGAGGUUGGAGUGAGUGGUCAGUUAAUACUGCAGAGCUGUAGUAGUGGCAUCGCCUGAUCCGAACGGGCGCGCUCCUUUCUUUUCCUUUUGUCUUCUUCCUGUUUGAGAGGAUACAAUAUUCGGGCGGGAACAUUCUUUUGCAUAUGUGUUUGCUACGAAUAUAGGGUCAUACUUAAUGGCUGUCGCAAUGGUCCACACCAGAGGAGUCGAUUUUACAUAGGCUGGGGCGGCAAUAUCUGGUAUGGUAGUACGAGCCUUUCUUGCAUAACAUUUUCCUUUUCCUUGUGUCCCUUGAGAUGACAAAUUGUACUAUCAAGGAGAUUCUUGAACACGGCACGCAGAUAACCGAAUUCACAUUUUGAACAAUUUGGAGACAUGUUGUCUCACUUGACAUGCAUUUCUGCUGUAUGUGCUACGGUCGGACGGGAUUGGCAAUGAGAUACGAGCGUGUUUGUCUCACACAGCGUCAACGUUUGGCAAGCCGCGUCGCUGGGCUUGGCAACGUGUGGUGUCGCCACCAGCUACCACCUCCAAUGGUCGGGGACAUAGCUGUUUGGCCUCCGAGCCCGUGACGAUCCGUGUCCCAUCACAAACAACUCAAGGUGUCGCUUUCCCUUCACUAUGUGACCGUACACUUGACUGCAUUUGGGAGGGACGGCUGGACGGGCAAAGAUGUCAUGCCUCUUCUUAACUGGUCCAGUUGGUCCAAGGGUUACAAGGGCUACGAAGGGAUAGGGAUAGAGAGAGAGUCGGGGGUUCACGACGUACACACAUAUGUACAUACAUAGUCGCACGGAUUGAUCCGGCGGGCCACGGACGAUCCGAUACCCUGCGUUACCCGUGAGUUCUGAUUAUAGCAUGUAUGUUGACUUGGAACUGCAUGUUUGUGGGGAAAACAUGCGCCAACAUUGUGUGAGAAACGCGGGAUGAGCUAGCGUAGCCUAUUGUUGAUAGCAUAUCUCAACGCAGCAAGCCAUCGGAAUCUCAGCCUACUGCGAAGAUGCAGUUGUUCUGCCGGCCUUUACAUAUCCUAUCACGGUGUCUCAGAAAACACUCAGCCAAGCCGUACAUGAUGCUCAUGGUACCGUUUCGCACAGGGGCACAAGUACUCCGUAUGUACAAAGGAUCUGCAGUUCAAUACAAAGAGACAUAAAAACGG